GAUCACAUGGAGGAGGAGGAGGAAGGAGACUGGACGUAUGAUUGAAGACAUAGGUGUUAGGAGAGUGGGACUGGAGGAGAUUGUAGAGGUGGCGCUGUGCAGCAGGAGGAAUGCCCAAGAAGUUUCAGGGCGAGAACAGCAAGUCAGCAGCCGCCAGGGCUCGGAAGGCAGAGACCAAGGCAGCGGCAGACGCUAAGCGGCAGCAGGAGCUCGAGGAUGCGUACUGGAAAGAUGACGACAAGCACGUGGCAAGGAAGGAGCAUCGCAAGGUGGAGAAGGAGAAGCGGCGUGUGGAGCAGCUGGAGCGGAAGAAGGAAAUCCAGAAGCUUCUGGAAGAGGAGGACUCCACACUGAAAGCCAGAGUGGGCAAGCCUGCCCCCCCUGCCAAGGUCACCCGGGCACAGAUAGAGGAAACCAUCAAGAAAGAGAAUGGGGUCAAGCAGACACUUGAGCUAAAAGCUCCGAGACAGCAGAGCCACUUGGAGGUGCCUCUGGAGGAGAACAUCAACCAUAUUCUCGCCGAGGAGGGGGCUGUGGAUGCCAGGAGUAUUGAGGACGCCAUUGCUAUCCUGAGCACGGCCGAGAAUGUGGACCGUCACCCAGAGCGCAGGAUGAAAGCCGCUUACGAGGCCUUCGAAGAGGCCAACAUGGAGUGCAUGAAAAGGGACAACCCCAACAUGCGGCUGUCACAGCUCAAGCAUCUGCUGAAGAAGGAGUGGAUGAAAUCGCCGGAGAAUCCCUUCAACCAGAGGCACUUGGCCUUCAACUCGAAGUAGGGAGAUGGGGACUGGGAGAGCGUUGACUGGCUCCCCAGGCCUUUCCCCAUCAUCACCCCCUUUAAAAUGGCAAAAAGCUGAAUUUCGAGCUGCAUUCGGUGCAAGGAAUCCCGAGAGAUUGACGACCUAGUUUGCCUUCCGCACGGACUUAAUGGCCUCCCCAUUUUGUUUCAGUGACGUUUCGAUCUUAUACUUCUGGCUCCCUCCAUCUCGCAACCCCCCCCCCCCCCCCCCCGCCAAUCAAAUAGGCAACCUCUUCCCAUCUUUGACCACUUUCCUUUGGCAAUGAGUUCCCAUUAAAUGAACCUUCUCACUUUGGACAUUG